UUUAAAAUUAUAUAUAUUUUUGGUUUAUCUCUCAAUAAGUUUUGGGCAUUUUGCAAAAAUGACUUGUGGUUGUUGGAAACUUCCCGACGAUUACGAGUUUUACAAAAAUGUCAAACUAGACAAUAAAAAAUUUUGUCUGCUUUAUCCCAGACGUACAGAGGUAAAGCUUUUAAAGGAUUUGGAACCAAAUUUUGAUCACUGCGAGACUUUAUACACAAAAUGCGAUUUUAAAUUGGAAACUUGUACCCAACAACAAAUUCUUAGAUUGGAAAAGGAAUUUCGUAGACAUGAUGCACUAGUAAACAGAGAACUUAAAUAUCAGUUGGAACUGGUUGAGAAAAUGUGGGACUUUUCGCAACGUUAUCUUAUAUUGACUUGUGGUGGUGUGUGUUUCAAGCUAUAUCCAGAAUGGAUUUCUAAGCAAUUGGAGCGAAAAGCAUUACAUGAUUUUCACUUUAAUUUAAAAAGAAUCAAAAAAUCUAAUGCUCGUAUGACAAAAUCACUUGGUUAUAUUAAAAAAUGCAUGAAGGAAUUAUACCUGCGUAUAACUAAGCUGGAUAAGACCGUGGACAGUGUGUUUCUUAAGGGCAAUCACAGACAGAGACCAUUAGUUGAUAUUGUAGAUAUGCUGGAGGAGUUAUAUAAUUAUUUCUACUGUGUGGCAACGAAGUUAAAUAAUUGGAUGUUAUUAAUGGAUCCAGGGGAUUCAAGAUCAAUUGAUGACUAUAAAGCUCUAGUUGAAGCACGUGAAGAUUUCAAAAAAUACACGUUAAUGGGUAUGGAACAUUGUAAAUGCUUUAGAAUUGAAAGAGGUCUUAAGUUUGGACCAAAUGAAACUUGUAAAUUAUUAGUUAACAGAAAAUAAAUCAAAUCGUAUUUUCAAUAAUUUCAAUAA